AUGGGAGCAGAAGCGGAAGAGGUAGAAAAUAAGCAAGGCGAGAAUCCGAGGUCCAUGACGAAGGCCCAGUUCCUCGCCUGGAAACGCCAGAAGGAUGAUGAUGCAUCUGCCAGAAGAGCUGAAGCAGCAAGGAAACGUGCAGAGGACAUAGCUUCAGGAACAGUGCAACUGAAUGGCCGAGAGCUUUUCGUGCAUGAACCUUGGGUUUUUGAUAACACUCUUUAUUGA